UGGGCUGGUUUCAAAGUUUAAACACCACAUCCACACAGUACUGCCGCCGUCUCUCUCUAUUUCCUUGGCAAACUACACCUCCAUUGAGAGAGACAGAGAGGUUUUGGUUGCAAUCACUGAGUCAAUCUCCCAUCAAGAGCUGUUGCUUAAAGCUAGGAUGUUGACGUGCAUAGCUUGCUCGAAGCAGCCCAACGCCGCCAGAUCUCUCUCGGAGCUGCCUCAGGACGACCGAACUCCUACCUCCAAGCAGGCCAUCAGAAACCUCACUGCACAAGUACACACUAACUGAAACUGGUUUGUUAGCUUAGUAGUUAAGAUCAAGGAAAUGGCUGUCAAGGCAUCAGGUGCAUACAGGAACUGCAAGCCCUGUGCAGGUUCAUCAGGGCACAGCAAGGGCCCGAAUUACUUGGACUCGGAUGCAGGCUCAGUGUCAGAGAGGUUCUAUGGCUCAUACAGAAGAGCUGGCAGUUCAGAGUCCACCCCACGGCCUUGGGGAAAAGAAAUGGAUGCCAAGUUGAAGGCCCUCUCGAGUGGCUAUACCACACCAGCUUCAGUUAGCAGUAUAAGCGAGGCGUUUGUUCUUAUGGAGGAAGAUGAGCCAAAAGAAUGGGUUGCACAGGUUGAGCCUGGGGUGCUGAUUACAUUUGUUUCACUGCCACAGUGUGGAAAUGAUAUUAAGAGGAUCAGAUUCAGCCGAGAGAUAUUUAACAAGUGGCAAGCACAGCGCUGGUGGUCGGAGAACCAGGAUAAAGUAAUAGAAUUAUACAACGUCCAAAAGUUCAGUCGUCAUGCAGUACCAGCACCAACUCCUCCUCGGUCAGAAGAUGAGAUUUCAAAAGUUGAAUCCAUGGAUGAUACCCCUGAGACACCUCGACCGAGCAAGGAGCGUCUUCCUCAUCACUUUUGUCAGAGCUUGCCCGAACAGCACCCAUUGCAAUCUCAUGAGUACAAUGAUUCUGGUGGUCUUAAUUCAACACCAAAAGUCUCCAGUGCUAGUGCUGCAAAGAUUGAGACACCAUCAAUUGUAGCUUCUUCACGUUCAAGUUCGUCAAGGGAAGUUGAUCACUCUGGAGAGCUUUUAGCUAGCAAUUCUAGUGAUUUAGAGACUGAGUGGGUUGAACAAGAUGUGCCUGGAGUCUACAUUACCAUCAGAAUACUUCCAAAUGGUGCUCGAGAGCUUAAAAGAGUGCGGUUCAGCCGAGAAAUAUUUGGUGAAUCGCAAGCAAGAUUGUGGUGGGAAGAGAACAGAUUGAGGAUUCAACAGCAAUACUUGUGACUUUUGGCAAACUCAGUAGGAAGAUACACCUACCAUUCUCACGAGUUAUUUAACCAAUAGCUACUAAACUAUCGAUGGGUGCUGUAAACUUCCAGUUGCAGUGUGUCGAAAUUUCACCUUGCUAUGCUGAAUAUCUGAAAUCACCUUUUAUUAAGACAAGUAAUGAUCAGGGCACAGAUAACUAUAAGGUCUGCUGGAACUUGUCCUACACAACACCAUGAAUUAUUUUGGAUAUUUAUUGACAUCUACUUCUAGUUAGUGGCAUAUCAGCAACACAUGUCAUGUCAAGUCUUGAACCUGUAGAUAUCAUUGUGUACGGAUCUCAUGUUUCAAUUCAUCAAUGUGUCUAAGUUUUACACACACAUGUAUUUAUAAUAUUCUAUUAUCAAUAUACACAUUCUCAACAAACAUUGCAGGGGAGAUAAACAACAGAUAAGCUGGGAACACAAAACGCUGCCAACUUUAGAAAAAGAAAGCUGGCAAUGGUUAGGCCUCGGAUCACAUUCCCACCUGGUUAGUUUUUUUGGAAUCUUGAAUUAUGUCUUUCACUGAUAUUGUUUGUUAGUACUUUGUUGGCUGUGCAUAAAGUAAUGAAAUGGUCCUAGUUGUCUAGUUUCGCUUUAUUGUGUGAGUAUGAGAGGUAAAGAGGGUGUCUUCUUUUGAGUGAUUUGGAUUGAUGAAUGUCUGCUGCUUUGUUUCGCUCGAUUGAUGCUUGUAGUUAGGUAAGGUACAAUUGGAAUUUUGUUUCUCGGGAUUGCUGCUGUGCCUCUUUUUGGUGAUGGUACAUGAUGGUACUUGAACUAACUCUCUUUCUCAAUAAUGGUCCCUUUUAGAAUCUUAAGUUUGUGUAGGAUUUAUGUCGAAGUUCUUAGCCUGUUACACUGUGCUCACUCCUCUUGAAUCUGAGAUGGUUUAAGAAGGAUUUUCUUCAAGCUGUCAUCCCUUUGAGUCCACUAAGCAAACUCCUUUGACCUUUCUCCUAUGCAUUUUGUUAUCUCUUCCACAUACUCUUCAUCAUAGAACAAGCGUCACAUUUUGAUAUAUAAAAUUUGUGCCCUCAUAAGUGUUAAAA